UUUUUUUUAUUUAUUUUGUAAUUUGUUUUUCUGGGAAAUUUCCUUCACCGUCACGUAGAUGGCAUAACUAUGGAAGGCUGUGGAUCGAGUUGCGAAUCCCGUUAACUACUCAAAAAAGAAAAAUGGCGGAAACCGUCAAAAAUAAUUAGAGAAGAGGGAAAAGAAAAGGAAAGGAAAGGAAAAGAAAAAGAAAAGGAAGAGAGACAGCUCAGCUGGCCAAAUAACAGAACAAAUGGCUAAUUUUUUUUCGUUUUUUUCCCCCUUCCAUCUUCUCCCUCCUUCCUUUUUGUUUAUAAGGAAGAUGGAGGUUCCCAUGUAUGGGUGUCAAUUUGUAGAGGAAGAGAGAUUGAGAGUUGAAGAUCCAGAUUGAGAAAAUUUCAGAGAGAGUUCGGUUCUGGGACACUUCCCCUCUGUGUCCCUCAGGGCCCCAACUCCCUCUCCCUCCCUCUUUGUUUCUCUUCUUCUUCUUCUUCUUCUUCUUGUUCGUCCUUUGUAUUGAUUGCACUCUUGGUGUUUGCGUUAAUGCCUCUUAGAGCAACAGAUCUCUAUUCUCAUUGAGGGGGUUCUGCGGCUCUGCUGUGGAAACAUAAAGGUGUUGCUGUUUUUUUCUCCCCUCCCUCUGGGGCUUCAAGGCAGAGAAAGAGAGAUAGCGGGAGUGGAGGACGAUGAACGGAUUGGAGCUUUUAGGACGGCUGUAAUUGAUGGAGAUGGGUCCCAUUGUCAUGUGGGAAAACGAACAACGUUUAAAAGUCAGAUGUAGAUAGUAGACCUACUCGUCUCUAAGUUGCUGCCAGAUCUUGUAGUAGUAUGCAUACAUAUUCAUAAAGGCCGGCUUGGGUAGUUGGGUAGCUUCUGUGCUCACCUUGUUCUCUCUAAUAUCUUCAUCAACCUCUUUACACUUUCCUUUCACCCAUUCCUUGGUUUUGCUUUUUCUGUCUGCAAGUCUUUUGUAGCCGAUUUCCAUUUUUCGUUCUUCCCCUAUGAGCUGGAUCUAAUAGAGCUUACGUAGCUAGGACCUUUUUCACAUCCUUGAUCUGCUUACUCCAGCCUGCUAACAAUAAACUUAUCUGAUAGUCUCUAGAGAAGAGAGUUCAUCAUGAAGCAUCAUAAAGAUGGGAAACCGGGAUACUCAUCGGAUAAAAAUCCAAGGCUUGGUACCGUGAUCAUAACUUGCAUCGUUCUUUGUGGGCUCUCCUUUUACCUGGGUGGAAUCUUCUGUUCUGAGAAGAACACGAUUGAGGAGGCGGAGACCAAUGAAGUGAAGGUGUCAAUCCCAUCUCCCAAAGAAACAUCUGUUGCGCCUCUUCAAGUCAAAUCCUCCUCUUUCUCUGAAUGCAGUGCUGACUAUCAGGAUUACACUCCUUGCACAGAUCCAAGGAGGUGGAAGAAGUAUGGCGUUCAUCGCCUUACUUUCAUGGAACGCCAUUGUCCUCCAGCAUUUGAGAGGAAGGAAUGCCUAGUUCCACCUCCAGAUGGCUACAAGUCACCAAUUAAGUGGCCCAAGAGCAGGGAUGAAUGUUGGUACAGGAAUGUGCCAUAUGACUGGAUCAACAAACAAAAAUCGAAUCAGCAUUGGCUGAUCAAGGAAGGUGAAAAAUUCCUUUUCCCUGGAGGGGGUACUAUGUUCCCCAAUGGAGUUGGUGAGUAUGUCGAUCACAUGGUAGAGCUGAUCCCAGAAAUGAAGGAUGGAACUAUUCGGACUGCCAUUGAUACUGGUUGUGGGGUUGCUAGUUGGGGUGGCGAUCUAUUGGAUCGUGGGAUCCUAACUCUUUCUCUGGCUCCAAGAGACAAUCACGAGGCCCAAGUGCAAUUUGCUCUGGAGCGUGGAAUUCCUGCAAUUCUCGGCAUCAUUUCUACACAACGCCUUCCCUUCCCUUCCAACUCCUUUGAUAUGGCUCAUUGCUCCAGAUGCCUUAUCCCAUGGACUGAAUUUGGGGGUGUCUAUCUCCUAGAAGUUCACCGGAUCCUGCGCCCUGGAGGUUUCUGGGUUCUUUCUGGCCCACCCGUCAACUACGAAAACCGAUAUCAGAAAUCUGAUUAUGAGAAGCUGCAGGACUUGCUGACUUCAAUGUGCUUCAAACUGUACAACAAGAAGGGAGACAUUGCCGUUUGGCAGAAGGAUUCGGACGACACUUGCUACAAGAAGCUUGUGAACCCUGAUGUAUAUCCACCCAAAUGUGAUGACAGCAUCGAACCAGAUUCAGCAUGGUAUACCCCACUCAGGCCCUGUGUGGUUGCUCCAGGUCCUAAGAUCAAGAAGUCUGUUCUUGAAUCCAUCCCCAAGUGGCCCGAACGCCUCCAGGUUGCGUCCGAGCGCAUCUCAGACGUGCAUGGUGGGAAUGCCAAUGCUUUCAAGCAUGAUAUUGGGAAAUGGAAGGUCAGGGCAAAGCACUACAAAAAGUUGCUUCCUGCAAUCGGUACGGACAAGAUCAGGAAUGUGAUGGAUAUGAACACGGUUUAUGGUGGGUUUGCAGCAGCCUUCAUCGAUAGCCCGCUGUGGGUCAUGAACGUGGUAUCUUCUUAUGCCCCCAAUACGCUUCCAGUGAUCUACGACAGAGGGCUCAUUGGAACUUAUCAGGAUUGGUGUGAAGCGUUCUCAACAUAUCCCAGAACCUACGAUCUCCUCCACGUUGAUGGCCUCUUCACUGCCGAAAGCCACAGGUAAGAAGAACUCUUGAUCCCCAUCUUAGCUUCUCGAAUAAAGUAUCUUUCAUGACAGCAACUUGCAAUGCGAAAGAAAUUAAGGAUGAAAGACAAGACCACAGUGUUGGACGUUAGUUGAAUAAUUGAAGUGUUGAAAAUGAAACCACGAGGUCACAUGGGGGAUCCAAUAAUGUCACAUGGGAUUGGUUACCUGUCAUUGUUCUUCAUGGUACUGACACUGUGCGUUGUAGGGUACAUAAGCAUGUAUGUUAUUUGCUUGCAUCCACAUUUUCAUUUACUAUGACCUGUAAAUUGAAGUGCAAAAGGCUGAGUUAGAAUUCUCAAUUAAGUAGUCAUGUCAGUUAGCCCAGACUUCAAAUAGGAGAACAGGUUGUGGGCCAGCAAAAUAAAAAUCAGAUUUUGCUUUGCUCCUUUGUUCAUUUGGGAUUUUGGGUGGAUUGGAAUUAUGCAGGUGCGAGAUGAAGUAUGUGCUGCUGGAGAUGGAUAGGAUCCUUCGGCCGAUGGGUUAUGCCAUAAUCCGGGAAUCCAGCUACUAUGUUGAUGCAAUAGCUACGAUUACGAAGGGGAUGAAAUGGAGUUGCAGGAAGGAAGACACAGAGUACGGGGUUGAGAAGGAGAAGAUAUUGGUUUGCCAGAAGAAGCUCUGGUAUUCCUCGAACCAGACUUCAUGAUGGAGACGAGCUCUGUUAUCAAUGAAGUGAGUGAGUUCCUUGUCCUAUUUUUUCAACGGCAAAAAUGGAUAAUGCAACCGCAUCAUAGCACAGCAGUUACCCUAUCCCCCUCAAGAGUUUGUAUUAUUUUGUAAUCUGGACAGAAAGAGAAGAGCAUAGGUAUAAGUAAGUUUCAAAAUACCAGCCACCUAAAAGGACACAGACCAACAACAGCAGCUAUUCUUUUUUUGUUUUUUUUGUCUUGUCUUUUCCCACUUUCUGAAUGAGAUUAAAAAUAGAAGCCAAGAAUCCUUGAAUCUUAGAUCUCCUCAAUGGAGAUGAAUAGCCAAUCUGCAUCAUUUUAUUCUUUGGUUUGGAAGGCAAAAAACUGCAGCUAACUAGUACUUUGCUGCUGCUUCCCUCUCCCUUCACAUUCUUGGCUACUCUGCUCUUCUUUUUGUUCCUAUUUCUCUGUUAUUUUGCCUACCCUUUUGGGCAUUCUGUUCUGUUGUAUCUUGAAUAUUAUGAGAGUAAAAUGAGAUUCAAAUAUCUGGU